CGCCGAAUUUUUGUUGUUGUUGUUCCAAUUGGAACUUUUUUUCAUUCAAAAUUUUUUCAUUGAUUUUUUUGAGAUUUUUUUCCAGUUUUUUUUAAAGAUAUAAUUAUGGAACAAUCAUCAUUAUUUCGGGCAAUUUCAUUAGAUAAAACUUUGACACAAUUACAACAACAGAUUGAAUUGGCAAGUAAAAUUGGUAAUUAUACAUUUAUCAAUGAAAUUGCCAUUGAAAAUUUUAUUAAAAAUGUGAUCAUCAUCAACAACAACAACAACGACGAAUCAUUACUAUUGUUCGAUAAACAAUAUCGUAAUCAUAUAAAUAGUUUAUUAAGCUAUUUGGUUUAUUUGUUUGAAACAAAUUCCGAUUCAAAUAAACAAUGGCUUAUACAUUUGAUGGUGAGAAAAUUUUUCGAUUCCAAAUCAAAUAUUGAUGAUAUUAUAUCGAAUGUGGAUCUUAAGCAAAAAAUUCGAUUAUUAGCCGAUCAAAAUUAUAUAAAUUUAUCAAUAAUAUGUUCAUCAAAAUUACCUGGAUUACAUCCAUAUGCAAUAGAUUUUUAUCGACGUCGAAAAAUUAUGACCAUCGAUAAUGAAUCGUUGGCCGAAGAUAAUGAAAUUAUUCAAUCAUUGUGUGUAAAAUUACGAAAUUCAUUGUUUCAAGAUCCACGAACGACCGCUAUUGUUAUGAAUAUUUUAGCCAUUGUUUAUGAUGAUCAAAAUUUCAAAUGCCAAUCGAAAACAAAUUAUUUUGAAAAAAUCUACUCACAAGCAUUGAUACAUACAUUGAAGAAUCAGAAUCGACAAUUAAUGUUGAAAAUAUUACUUUGUUGUCCAGAUUCUGUUUUCGAUAAUGAUGAUGAUGAUAAUCUAAUCAAACAGAUUAUCGAUUGUUUACGAUCAUUGAAAACAACCACAACGACAACAACCGAAACAACAACAUCAAUUAAAUCAUUGGUUGAAUCAGAAUUGGUUUUAAUGUCAUUAUAUUCAUAUGGAUUAUUUGCACAUAGUAAACGUUUUAUUCAAUUUAUUGCCGAUAUAAGUCAUCAACAACGACAAUAUGAUAAUUUAAUUAUUGAUUCUGAUCAUAGAUUUUUCAAUCUCAAACAAUCAUUUUUAUUAGCUGUUGAAGAUCGAAAACAUUUUCUACGUACAUUUAUGGAUUAUUAUUAUUCGAUUAAUUCGAAACAAUUGGAUGAAAUGACAAUAUCGUUAUCGUUAAAAUCCAGAAUUAUUCUAACAAUAUUAUCAUUAUAUCAUAUUAUUAAUAAUCAUGAAGAUUCGGGUCGAAUGCAAGAAAAAAUUUCUAAAAUUGAAACAAAUCUUUGUUCAAUGUUUGAACAUUUAAAUCAUCAUCAAAGUGAAACAAACCGUGAUGAAUAUUUCAUUCGUAUUGUGAAUAAAUUGGAUUUUGUAUUUAAAUUUGCCGAUUGGUGUUGUUCAUCAUCGAAUUCGAAUAACAACAACAACUUAAAUCAUGAACGUUCAACAUUUCGUUUGGAAAUUAUUGCUGGUUUAAUGACCGGUACAACACCGUUAAAAAUUCUAUCAAAUUAUAAUUUUUUUCAUUUAAAUCGAUCGAAUAAUAAGGAUGAUAAUGAUGAUCAAUUAUCGAUUAAUAAUGAUAAUAUCUGUGAUAAUUAUAUUUGUGAUCUAAUCGAACAUUUUGAUCAUAAUAUGGCAAUAAUUUUAAAAGGAUUUAUUAUUAUACGUUUAGUUUUUUCCUGUAUAUUUUUUGCUAAUGAUCGAAUCAAUUUUUUGGAAAAAUUUAUUACAAACAUUUCGAAUCGUUUACAAAAUCUUUUACAAGAAUUGAAUAUCCUUGAAUUUCGUAUGGAAAUAAUGGAAAAUUUAUUUUGUUUAUUAUUUUUAACAAAAAAUGAUUUAAAAAUUAAUGAUAAAAAUAAUGGUGAUAAUGGUAAUCAUCAUUGUUUCAAAUCUGAUGAUGAUGAAGAUUAUUUGGAUGAAACAAUAUCGCCAACAAAAUCAUCGAAUAAUGUUAAUAAUCAAAAAUCCAAUCGUCAUAAAUCAAUAAUGAUACAAUCAAUUAGUAAUUUUUCUACCGCAAAUUUUAUCUGUCCAAAUUGGUUGAUACCAAAAUUAUUGGAAGUUCUUGAAACAAUGUUAUAUAAAACAAAUUCCGAUCUUUUUAAUUCAUCGAAACAGCAAUCAACAACAGCAACUAAUGAUGAUAAUGAAAUAUGGCAAGAAAAUCUAAAACGAAGAAUAUCACGUUUGCUUGAAUAUGUAAGUGAUGCACGAUUUCGUUAUGAUGUUAUUCGACCUGCAUUUUUUCGACAAACAUCAUCAUCAUCAACAGCAACCACAAUGAUGGAUUCUGGAUUACAAUCGACAGAUCCUGAACAAUCGCAACAGCAACAAAUGGAUUAUCCAAAUCGACAUUAUUCAAUAUCAACAAGUAGUGAAAAUGAUUAUAAACAACAAACAAAUUCGGAUACAUCAUUAAUAUCAUGUAUGUUAGCAUCAUAUCAACAGCUAUUAUGUUAUACAUUAGCCGAAAAUCGUUUGGAUAGUUCAAGACAGAUUGCAAAAUUAUUUGCUAAUGAUUUAAAAAAUUCUAAACCAUAUAAAGAGCUGCAAUUAUUGGAUUAUUUUUUGGAAUUUCAUCAACAAGUUUGUAAUAUUCAACAGAAAUUUAUUGAUCAUUCAUCGAUAAAUUAUCAACAUCAUCAUGAUGAUAAUAAUGAAAUUGGUAACAAUAAUAAUAAUCAGAAUAGAUUAAAGAUUGAUGAUAUUACAACAUUCGGUAUACGAUCAUCAUGUAUACAAUCAUUAUUAUAUGAAAUGUUAAUGAAAAUGGAUACAAUUGAAAUUGAAACAAAAAUUAUAUUCAUGUUAGAUUAUGCAUUAUCAUCAAGUCCAUCAUUAGAAAUUGCACAAUCAAUUUUGGAAUCAGUAUUUAUAAAUAAUAAUAAUCUAUUUGAACAAUUUAAACAAUCAUCAUCAUCAACGUUGGAUGAAACGAAUAAAAUUCUACCAGAAAAAGUAGAAAAUUUUAUUCAUGAUAUACAGAAAUUUAUUAAAAAUCUUGGACAACAUAUCGAUAUUAGUCAAAUAUCAUUGAAUGAAUAUCUUGAACAAUCAUUAACAUUAUCAUCGUUUAUGGAUGUAAAAAUAUUCAUUGAUACAUUACAAAUUGAAACGGAAUUAUGUCGAUGGUAUUAUCGUUUUCAAUCAUUAUUAAUUGAAAUUGAACAUCAAAUAAUUGAUGAUCCAGAUAUUCUAUUGAAUUCUGAACAAAAUCAAUUAAAUCAAAUAAAAUCAAAUGAUUUGAAUCAUAUUUAUGAUCGAUUAAUGGCAAAUUGUCCAUUAGGUAAAUAUCAAUAUAUGAAAGCAUUAUAUUAUUAUGUUUGUAAAGUGAAUAAUGCAUUAGUUGAAUGUCGAAAACGUGAUAUUCGAAUUAUUGAUGAUGAUGAUAAUAAACAUAAUCAAACUAUUGAUACAUCCAUGAUUUGUUCAUCAUCAAAUUUUUCUAUUCUUAAACAAAGUCCAUCAGCAAUUUUAUGUUCGAUGGUGAUAAAAAGUAAAAUUUCACCAAAAAUUAUCGAUGAUUUAGCACAGGUAAUGAAAGUUAAUCUUAUUGGUGUUUUAUGUUCAGUAUUUUGUCCAACAAUUCCAAGUACAUUUCUACCACAUUCAUCAAUUGAAUUUACUAUAACCGAAUUAUGUCAGCCAUCAAUUUCCGAAUUGAUUAAAUUAUAUUUUCAAGGUGCAAAAACUUUUCAUCAAAAAUUAAAUAGUAAUAAUAUUGUUAUUAAUGAUUAUUUUGCUGAUGAACGACAAUACGAUCUAUCAUCAUCAUCAUCGGCCAAUAUUAAUGAUUCGAUUGAUUUUCAACCGAUCAUCAAUCAAGAUGUUUUGAAUUAUUUUCACAGUAAAUGUCCAAUUUUAGUUGAAAUUCUUCGUCUUCUUGAUUGGUUAGAUGAUUCACAAAUUGCUAAUAUUACCAAUAUUGGAUCGACAAAUGUACAAUUGUUCGAUGGAUCACCGAUACAUCGAUGGUUAGAUUUGAUUCGAAAAAAUUUUCAUUAUAAUGAUCUAAGAAAAUCAUCAUUAUUGUUGGCAUUUUAUGCACGAAUUCCAGCCGGUCAAAAUGUUGUUAUCAAAACACUUGAACAUUAUACAGCCAAUCGAAAUUUUAUUCAAGUUUAUCGUCUAUUUCGUUUGAUUGAAGAUUUUUCAACUAUUGCCGAUCAAACACCCAAACAAUUUUCACCACUUUCUACUGGACAUUUUUAUACAAGUUUUCAAAUAUUUCAGAAUGCAAUUCUAGCUUGUUUAGCAUUCAUUAAAGAAGAUGCUAAAUAUAUUUUUCAAAUUCAUCAUGAUCCUCGUAUGAAAGCUGAAUUAAUUCUUUGCCUAUUGGAUUCGUUUGAAAUUUAUGAACAAACAUUUUAUGCUACACGAUUGAUUCGAUUAGGUUUACAAAAUAUUCGUAAUGAUGAAUUAAAUUUCGGUAUCGAUGUAUCGGAAGGAAAAUCAAAAUUAACAAUAAUGUUAAAACAAAUUGAAUUCUAUGCUUCAGUUGGCCAAUUGACCGGAUUAAAAUCAUGGAAAUCUGCAAGAAAUAAUCUUGAAACAAUCGAUGUUUUAACUAUAAUCAAAACACGAAAACGUUAUUCACUAGCAAUCGAUUGGUUUGAUAUUCAUGGUUUUGAAAAUGAUACUGCCGAUUUAUUAAUUGAAUUAUUAAUCUAUGCAUAUAGUGAACAAAAUGAUUAUAUACCAUUGAAACGAUUAUUUCAAAGAUUUUUGGAUGAUCCAAAAUCAAAUAAUGUUAUUAUUAUAACUGAAAAAAUAUUGAAUCAAACAGAAAAUCUUGAUCUAAGAAUUUUUCUCAUUGAUUUUCUCAUACAAUUUCAUCGAAAAUGUGGAAGUUACGUAAUGAUCGAUCAAUAUGAACGUCAUCGUUUAGGUAUUGAAAUGGUUCGAUUAUUAAGUCGAAAAAUUCAAUCAGAUUAUCUGGAUCUAAUACCAAUACCAUUACUUAUUGUUGAACAAUUACUGAUGAAUAGUGAAAUUGAAUCAUUAGAUCGUAUUAUUAAUCAAUAUAAAUUAAUUUGUGCUGAUGAUUUAGUGGAAAAAUAUGCACAAAAAUCUGUUUAUAUUGAAUUAUAUGAUUCAAAUUCAUUCGAUGGUUCAGAUAUGACAAUAAUUUCAUCCGAUUCAUCAAUGAUGAUGGCUGGAAAAAAUGUUCAACCAUUUUUUAUACCACAAACAAUACCAUCAAAAGAUCAAUGGGUAUCGGAUCAAUCGAAAACACAUUGUAUGUUAUGUCAAAUUGUUCGUUUUGGAAUGAUUAAUCGUCGUCAUCAUUGUAGACGUUGUGGUCGUAUUGUUUGUAAUGGUUGUUCAUCGAAUGCUAUACUUAUUAUCGAAAUUAAUCCAAAUAUUCCUGUUCGUGUUUGUGAUGAUUGUUUUAAUUGGUCAACAAAAAUUCAAACAAAUCGUAAGAUUAGUACAAAUUCAUUGGAUCAACAACAGCAACAACAAUCGAUGAGUUCAAAUAAUUGUCGUACACAAUGGAAAUUAUCAAUCGUUGAUGAUACUUAUAAUCAAAAUCGUCGUUCAGAAUUUUCAUAUGAAUCAAGUCCAAGUGUAUCACUUUGUUUAGCUAUUUUACGUUUACAUUCGAACAAAACAAAAAGCUGUAAAUUUAUUAUCGAUAAAAUUUGUGCACCAUUAAUUGAAACAAUAUCAUCACGUAAUGUUGAUUCAACAUUAUUGAUUGAAAUGAUACGUUCAUUAUUGAUUUCAACACGUGUUGCAUUUGAUGAUGAUGAUCAUCAUUCGAUUAAUAAUAAUAAUACAAAUCAAUCAUCAUCAUCAUCAUCAAGUGAUAUUGAACAAUUGAAUCGGUAUCUAGAUCGAUUAGAUGUAAUAAGAAUGUUGAUUAAUGCAAAUUAUGGAAGUAAAGAAAUGAUUGGUUUAGUAUUGAAUAAUAAUAUACAAAAAUUGCAGGAAAAAUUACUUGAAGCCGAACGAUUUGAAUUGACGAUUGAUAUAGCAAAAAAAUAUGGUUAUGAAUAUAGUUCGAUUUGGAAAUCAUGGGCAUUAAUUUCGUUAAAAUAUUUUCAUUUUGCUGAAGCACGGCAAAAAUUUGGCCGUUAUUUUGAUCAGGUUAAACGAUUUUCGGAUAUACAGAAAACAUUGCAUAUGAUUAUCGAAACAUUAGUAUCGGUGAAUUCGACUAGUUUGACAACGAUUUCGAUUAAAGAUAAAUGUUCAAGAAUUAUUUUCGGUCAAUUUGAUUUUUUUACCGAUACUACUGCGUUAGCACACAAUACAUCCAAUAGCUCCAAAAUGGUAAACAAUACAAACAUAUCAACAUUGGUGAAUCAUCAACUAAAACCACGAAUAUUACAAGAAAUUGUUUAUUAUCUUGAAACAUAUGGAUCCAAAGAUGAUCAAUUACAAUUUUAUGUUAGUCAUUUUUAUUGGAAAGAAGCUAUUGAUUCAUUUUUGCGACAACCGCCAUCAUCAUCAUCAUCAUCAUCAUCAACGAAUGUUAAAGAAACUAAAUCAAAUAUGGUAAAUAAUUUCCUUGAAAAAAUUUUCAUUCCAGCUCAGAUAAAUGGACAUUUAAGUGAAUUAUUUGCAGCAAUACGUUUGAUCGAUCCAAAACAACAACAACUUGGAUCAUCAUUAAUACAUAUCUGUAAAUAUCUUGAUCGUAAUGAAUCAUUUCAUACACUUUAUCGUGUUCAAAUUUUUAUGAAUGAUUAUCUACGGGCUGCUAUUACACAGAUUAAUCAUUUUUUCCUAUCAUCAACAAUAUUAUUUACAAAUUUUCAAUCAUCAAAUGAUUUGAAUCAAUCAAAUAAUAAUAAUCAUGAUCAGGAUUUAAAUAAUUUUGAAUUAUUAUUUAAUCGUAUAUCAUAUCUGGAAAAGGCUAAAGAUUAUUGUAAUAUGUAUCUACAUAAUUUUGAUUUUAUACGUUUAAAACGUGGAUGUCUUUCGGUGGAUAAAAAAGAUGUUUACAAACAGAUUCGUUUGAUUGAAUUACAAAUCGAUAUACUGAGACGAUUUAGACGAAGAAAAAUUUUAUUUCCAGUUACAAUCAUUAUGAACAACGAUAAUGUUGAUGAAUUGGAAAAUCAAUUUAAAAAAUCAAAAACUUAUCGAUCAUCCUCAUCUACUCCAUUGAUAUUAUCUGCAUAUGCAUUGGCAUAUUUACAGCGACAAAUUUGGCAACAAUUUUCAUCAUCAUCAUCAUUGAUGGAACAAACGGAACAAAAAUCAUCAUCAUCAUUACGAUUACCAUAUCCACCUACAUUAUUGGAACAUGAUCCGAUAAGAAAAAGUUUAAUCACAGGUUUUGUCAUUUUAUAUUAUGGUCAGAAUAAAAAUAUUUCAUCAUCAACUACCACCAAUACAGCAACAGUUGGCCGUAAUGAAACUAUUCAUAAUGAUGAUGAUGAUAAUAAUGUUGAUGAUGUUGAUAUUGAAGAUGGAUUUCGUUGUGCAUUACGUAUUAUACAGGAUCAUCAUCUAAAUGAAAAGCUAAUAUUUCGAAUGUGUACAAUGUUUUUGAUUGCCCAACAUUUGGAAAGAAAUUCUAAUGUGGAAAAAAUUUCCAAUGAUUUGAGACAAUUAUUAUCAUUUAUUCAACCAACAUUGUCAUCAUCAAAGGCUACGAUUAAUGUUGAUGAUAAUGAUGAUAAAAAUGAUGGCAAUAAUGAUAAUAAGGAUCGUUUAGAUUCGGAAAAAAUAUCGAUAUCAUCACAAAAGAUUGAACAAUUAUCGACCGAUGAUAUAAUAUUUGAUUUAUUACAUUUUAUUGAAUCUAUCAUGACAGUUUUGAUUCGUCUUUCCAAUUCACAAUUAGAUCCAAUCACUAUAAUCAAUGGAUUGACACGUUCGAAAUUAUCUGAAUUAAAAGAAUCUAUAAUCAAAUUAAUUGUUGAUGAUAAUCGUCGUAUUGAUGCAUAUCUUCAGGUGGGAAAAUUAAAAUUAGCCUAUCUAUUAGCUGCACAAUUAGGACUGGCAGCCAAUAUUGAACAUGUAUUAAUGGCGGCUCGUAAUGCUAAUGAUCAACAUUAUGUAAAAAUUUGUGAAAUGUGGUUGAAAAAGAAUACAGCUACAACGAUGAUAUGAAUGUAAUAAUAAUAAUUAUAAAUCAUUUCCAUUUAAAUUUUAGAAAAUAAACUGUGAUCAACCAACA